UCAAGGUGAGACACCAGGGUUCUCUCUGUACAUAACAGUAUGGUCUUACUUAACAUCAACAUAGACAUUAAUGGAUUAAAACACAUCAUCUAAGCCACGGACAGAAACCUGAGACCUUCACUUUCCUCAUCUUUCAGGUCUCUCUAAAAUGUUGAUCAAACUGAUUCAGAACGCUGCAGCUGGGGUCCUGACUAAGACCAGGAGAGUGGAUCAAAUCACCCCAGUCCUCAGAUGUUUACACUGGUUCCCUAUCUGUCGAAGAAUUGAUUUUAAAAUAUUACGGAGGUAUGCAAAUAGAUUUGCUUUGCCCAGCUGCAUUCAGCCAGUGCCUGUGCGUGUGUGUGGAGGACCAGAGCCGGUUUGGGUACUUAGUGCCAAGAUUCUUAAGUGCAGCGAAGCGAUGAAGGAGAAUUAUGGUGAUUCUCUGGAUGGACAUUUACGUCAUUUCACUGUGAAAUGUCGUACUGACCGUAAGGAUUACACUAUUGACUGUGAUCAACAUCGCACAGUGCUGGAGGCAAUAAAGUCUUCUGACCACUAUCAGAAGAAGAUGAAGAAGAGUUUAGAUGAAAACAUUGUGAUUCAGCUGGGUAAAGAGGAUCGUGAAUCUAUUGUUGCAACACAUUUCCCCUGUUCUUGUAUCCAGGAUGGUGAGUCUCUGAUCAUAACAUGUACAUCAGAAAAGGUUGAAGAGGCUCAAGACCAACAUGACCAAACAAUACAUUCAAGGGACGGCUAUUCUGUCUUCUACAUCGAUACAGUAGGAGGACAAAAUGCUAAAACAAAGAAGCUUUUCAGAAGUAAAGCUGUCAAACAGUUCAAGUAUCUGUGUGUUUAUGGGAAGAAGGGGAUGACUGUGGAAGAGGCUCUGAGAAGAGACGGCCGCUUCACUGAUGACCUCGGCUCCUUCAGUCUGUCUGACAAUAGCGAUCCAAACUGCAUCACUGAACGUACACGAAAGGUUGACAACCUGGAUAAAAAAAAAUUCAGGUUAUGUCUUGAACGGAACAAGAGAUCAAAAAAUCAAAACACAACACCGGUCUUAGAUCAGGUCAAAGGCGCUCUUGCACUUAUGCGUCUCCGCCGGCUCGGCCUUCGCACACCAUUACCGGGAAUAUUUCUCUCCAACGUGCGCUCACUGUACAACAAACUUAAUGAACUACAGCAGUUGUUAGGGAAAAACAAAGACUUUUAUUCGUCUUCUGUUUUAUGCUUCACGGAGACGUGGCUGUGUAAAUCGAUACCGGACUCAGCGCUGCAGCUGGCAGGCUUCCAGCUCUUCAGAGCGGAUCGUGACGCAGCUCUCUCGGGCAAAACAAAAGGUGGAGGUAUCUGUUUUUACAUCAACAGUGGCUGGUGUAACAAUCUAAAAGUGAUUCAACAGCACUGUUCUCCUCAUCUAGAAUCCUUAUUUAUAAUGUGUAAACCUUUCUACUCCCCCCGUCAGUUUGCUUCGUUCACUCUUGUUGGUGUUUACAUUCCACCGCAGGCCAACGUGCAGGAGUCACAGCGCAUGCUCGCCGACCAGAUACUGUGUGUAGAACAGACAAACCCGGACUCCCUUGUUAUUGUCCUCGGUGACUUUAACAAAGGAAAUCUCAGCCAUGAACUCCCCAAAUACAGACAGUUUAUUAAAUUUCCGACCAGAGAACAGAACAUUCUGGAUCACUGUUACACUACAUUAAGCGGUGCCUAUCACGCUGUCCCCCACGCUGCACUAGGACAAUCUGACCACGUCAUGGUCCACCUGAUUCCUGCAUACAAGCAGAAAUUAAAGCUCUGUAAACCUUUUGUGUGGACAUCAAAGUAGUGGACUAGUGAAUCUAUGGAAAACCUCUGGGCGGGUUUGGACUGGGAUGUUUUCAGGACUGCUCCCAACAGCCUGGAUGAGUUUACAGAGGCUGUGAUGUUCUUCAUCAGCUUCUGUUAGCACUGCUGUGUACCAUCAUGCACCAGGGUGACUUACAUAGUGCACUCAAAGGUUUAUUUGUGAAACAAAGAGAAACCCUGGUUUGACAGCCAAGCUCAGACGGCUGAGGUUGGAUGAGGACAAGGAAUUUAGGAGUGGAGACAGCGCCAGAUUGAAGGACUCAAAACACAUUUUUAGCAAGUUGGUGAGAGUUGCUAAAUAACCGUACUCAGAGAGACUACAACACCUGACCGACUCUGCUUCUAACUGGAGGGUGCUGAGCCCCAUGAGCCCCACUGAUACUUACACCAUUAACCCCCCACCCCAUUUCUUUAUGUUUGCACAUGUAAAUAUUUUGCCUGUCACUGCACAAACAGCCUUAUUGUACAUCCAUCCAUCCAUCAUCAACCGCUAAUCCUGCGUAGGUUUCCAGGGUCGCAGGGGGCUGGAGCUAAUCCCAGCUGACAUCGGGCGAAAGGCGGGUAACCCCUGGACAGGUCGCUAGUCCA